AUUUGUUGGUUACAUUGACACUUUUGUGUAGCCACCAUCUUUUCUACCUCCAAUUUGUUGGUUACAUUGAGCACUUUGUGUAGCCAGGAUCUUUUCUGCCUCCAAUUUGUUGGUUACAUUGAGCACUUUCGUGUAGCCACCAUCUUUUCUGCCUCCAAUUUGUUGGUUACAUUGAGCACUUUCGUGUAGCCAGCAUCAACAAGCAAUAUUAUGGAAAGAUAUGGAAAGCCAGGACCACCACUGAUAACACUUGUUGUUAUCAUCCUUCCUGCAACCUUAAACAUUCCUGCUCGGAUUGCAUCCAUGCUAGUUAAUACAUUGUCAAUUUCUCCAUUUGAAGCAGUAAGAUAUUGGAAUACGUUAGAAAGAUAUGGAAAGCCAGGACCACCAUUGAUAACACUUGUUGUGAUCAUUCUUCCUGCAACCUUAAACAUUCCUGCUCGGAUUGCAUCCAUGUUGUGCAUAGGAAGGACAAAUGAAUGGCAACCUUCAAACAGUCGAACAGGGGAGAAAGGAGAAAGAAGGGCGUGGAGGAGAAGUGUAAAAUAUUCUCUUUUGGGUCCACCUCCAUCAACUGCUGGUUCUCUUUCAAAUACAACUCUAACAGGGCUUUCGAAGUCAAAUUCCCGUUUCUUGAAAAGAAUCUUAUGCUGUCAAUGAGAAGAUGAUCUCUGCUGAUGCAAAUUCUUUGUGAAGAAUUUUUGAAAACAAUCAUUCCUUCUGCAACAAAAGUUGUAAUAGACAAUAGUCGGGUGUAUACUAACAUCAGAUAAAAGGUGCUCGUGAUCAUCUAGUGAACACAUAUUUUUCAAAUUAUUGUUUUUGUUUUUGCAUUUCGUCUGUCAGACAGCGGGUGUUUUGACCGGUGACCGGGGGGUGUUUCCGGCGUUAAUUUGGUACACGUCGAGUUUCUUCGAAGUGAAUGGCGAAAGAUGGGAAGAUAAGUUCAAUAAAUUGUUAAAACAAAUCAGCAUAUCACGAUUAUUUGAACAAUAAUUCCCGAAUAUGUCGGAAAUUCGUCGCCGGAAGUUCCGUGGAAAGACUGAGGGGGGAAAAUUGAACAAAGACGACAAGUCCAAAAAUGGCGUUCAUCCACAAAGUGACAACUCCGGAAAAUAUAACGCCGUCUGGACUUAUUUUAAUCAUUUUAAUAGGCAUUUGUUUUGCGGUUUAUAUCGGGUACCGUUAUGCAGGAUAUAUGAAACAACUGCAUGAAAAUGAUAUGUGGUUUACUAAUAUACAGCAAUUAGAACGAGAGAUUUCCUUCCGGACAGAAUCUGGGCUAUAUUUCUCUUACUAUAAACAACUGGUAUUGGCACCAUCUAUUUCACAAGGUAUUCAUGAUUUGAUGAAUGAUAACAAAACAGAGCAUUUAAGAACAAUAAAUAUCCUGGAAAGAUUCAAUAUUUACCAGGAAGUGAUACUUGGUGUUUUGUACAGAUUAUCCUCAUUUAAGGAUUCAGUGGAAUAUGUAUAUUUUUACAUCAAUACCAUAUUUGGACUUCACGGAAUGUACAUGGUAUCCUUGUUCAUUGCGUCAUGGUUAUUGAGUGACUCUUGGUUGGCUGGAAUUCUUGCAACCUUCUUUUUUAUAUUCAAUAAAACGGACACAACAAGGUUAUCAUUUACCAUUCCUUUAAGAGAAAGCUUUGGUUUUCCAUUCUUGUAUGCACAGAUUGCUGUUGUUACUGCUUACUUCAAACCAAAUCUAUCUACGGGAAAAGAGACAUUGUGCUUACUUCUCAUCUCCAUUUUGACAUUUUUCUUUACUUUGGUCUGGCAAUUUGCUCAGUUUAUUUUACUGCUUCAAGCAAUGGCAUUCUUUGGAGUUUAUUCACUUAAAUAUGUUCCCAGUUACAAGGUUCGUAACUUGUUCAUCAUCAUUGUGGGUUCCCUCAUGAGCGUCUGUGUUCUUCAGUUUAUGAAUGACAUGAUCAUAAGAUCUUUAGCAUUGAGUUUCUCCUUGUCGUCCUUGAUAAUUAUUACUACAAAGAAAACAAAUGCGCCCAGACCAAGUGGAAUCCUGAGUAAUUUAUUCUGGCUUCUUACACAUAUCAUAGCUGUCUUUUUCAUCAUGUUCCUACUCAAUGCAUUGUCAAAGUUCCUCGUCCAGGCCAGUUCAGACGAGCACAUCUUCAAAUUCCUGCGCGCUAAAUUUGGUCAUGCUACUCAAAGGGAUUUUGAUGCAAUGUUGUAUCUUUGUGAAAUGUCAUUUCGUAUGCUACCAUUGGACACCUACUGGCGUCUUACUGAGGGCGUUGUUUUCCCAUGUUAUGUCCUCGCCGUGUUUCUAGGCCUUGUUUUACUGGGGAUUGCAGUCCUUCAAGAAUGGAGUCAAGAGUCAGAAGUGGCAACAUCAGACGACAUCAGCACAGCAUUAAAAUCAAAACCUGAACUUGUCUAUCAUCUUAUACAAACAGCGUUUUUCGCCAUCAUGGCGGUUACAACUUUGAGAUUUAAGUUUCUAUGGAUGCCACAUAUCUGUGUGGUCGGCGCUGGAAUAUUUUGUAACCAGUCCUGGUGGAGAUUUUUGCUAUCCAAACUCCAUAUGCCUGGGAUUAAGGGCAAAGUUUUAGGACACUCUCUUCCGUUCGUUCUUAUUGCCUUGGUAUUAUCGCAGAGACUUCAAGAAGCAAGGAAUGAACUGAAAGAUUUGAAAGAAUUUUAUGAUCCAGAUACAGUGGACCUGAUGAAAUUUAUCAAUGGUAAUACAGCAAAAGACGCAUCAUUCAGCGGCAGUAUGCAGCUUCUGGCUGGAGUAAAGUUGUGUACAGAUAGACAUAUAACAAAUCAUCCACAUUAUGAAAAUAAAUUUUUAAGACUUCGGACAAAGGAUAUUUAUCAAAUCUAUGCUCGACGUACUCCGAAAGAUGUAUAUGAUAUUCUGAAGAAACAUGGUACCAAUUAUAUUAUUCUAGAGAACAGUAUAUGUUAUUCACGUCUUGAUAAAGGAUGCAAACUUAAGGAUAUCCUGGAUUACGACAAUGGACAUGUGAUUGAAGACGGAGAGCAGGAGAGAGGUUUGGUACGCAGUCACGUGCCUCGGUUUUGUGACGCCAUUAAGAGAGAUGAUGCGAGGUUUUCUCGAUAUUUUAAGAAAGUUUUUGAAAAUAGAACGUUUUACGUCUACAGAUUGGUAGACAAACAUAGGUAAAACAUUGAAUUGAGCUCAACCUCGCAACCGGGGAAAAGAAAACUUCCAAUGAUAAUUAUCCUGCAUGGUAUUCAUACAGACCAAGAUUUUAAAUUAAUCUAUUCAUUCUUAUAUUUAUUACUCAGUUGUAGGCCUGAACUGUCGUUUUGCAAGCCUAUUUGAUUAAAGUUGUAUAUCUCAGAGCCUAAUAUUGUAUGUAAUUAUGAGUUAAUUACGUUCUAAUUAACAUAUUUUAUUAAUUAAUAUUGAUGACUUUUGCUGACCAGUACAUGUUAUGAUACGUGGGCUCGUUGAACUUUGAACCCUCGUGGAUUCGUUGCUACAACAUUUGUUUGUUUUCCCGAAAUUUCUUCGUCUAGAAUAUUUUUUUCCUAAAGAAAAGGUCCCGAUGAAGUUUGUUUUGUGAAAUAUCAAGUGUAUAAAGUGUUACGGAGGAGAGCAGUCGCAAGGUUUUCAG